AUGGUCCUUGGGGGGCCCCCAGAGGGCCCCCCAAGGGGGCCCCCUGGGGGGCCCCCCGGGGGCCCCCCCUGGGGGCCCCCAGGGGGGGCCCCGCAGGGGCCCUCUGGGGGGCCCCCAGAGGGCCCCCCUGGGGGGCCUCCGAAGGAGCUCCCAGGGGAGCUCCCAGGGGGGCCCCCAGGGGGGCCCCCAGGGGGGCCCCCAGAGGGGCCCCCAGGGGGGCCCCCAGGGGGGCCCCCAGGGGGGCCCCCAGGGGGGCCCCCUAAAGGGCCGGAGACUUCUGCCCUCAGUGCAGCAACAGCUGACAUAACAUCAAAUACCAAAUCCCCUGGAGAGUGCCCUGGGGGCCCCCUAGGGGGGGCCCCAAUAGUACCCUCGGGGGGCCCCCCUAAGGCGACUUGA